AUGCCUCAUGAUUUAAAGAGUCUGGCUGCCAGGAAAGCACUGAUGGCUCCACUCUCGCCAACUCCAUGUGCAGAGAUCAGUGACGAUGAGCUGGUAUCUAUAUCAGUUCGUGACCUCAACAGACAGCUUAAGAUGAGAGGGCUCACUCGAGAUCAGAUUGUUAGGAUGAAACAACGACGCCGCACAUUAAAGAAUCGUGGAUAUGCAGCCUCGUGUCGCAUUAAACGAAUAGAGCAAAAAGAUGAAUUGGAAACUGAGAAAAGCCAGGAAUGGCAUGAUAUGGAGUCAAUGCAGGACGAAAACAACAGGAUUCGUGAAGAAAUAGAAGCAUUGAGGUCCAAAUAUGAUGCAUUGAGACGAUUUGCUACUAUGAAAAGUAUUCCUUUACCAAGCGAAUUAGAUAUUAUACCUUAG